CCCCACAAAGCCUUCCUCCCAAACCCUCCGCCUCCGCCUUCCCCUUCCCGCUCUCUCUCUCUCUCCCACGUGAGCGCGAGGCGGCGGCGGCGGCGGCGCGAGGUGAGCGGGGCACCAGCGGCGGCGGAGGAGAUGGGGAAGGCCUCGAAGGGGUCGCGGAGAGGGAAGAAGGCGUGGCGCGCCAACAUCAGCACCGACGACAUCGAGGACUUCUUCGAGAAGCAGACGCGCGACGCGCACGCCGGGGCCGCCGCCAUCCCGUCCCUGCCCUCCGACUCCCUCUUCUUCGUCGACAAGCCGGCCUCCGCCGCGUCCACCUCCUCCGCCGCCGACGCCGCCGCGGCGGAUGUCGCCCCCAAAGAUAUUCCUGUCCAAAGGAAGAUUGAGAAGAAGAGAGAGAAGGUUCUAUAUCAUGAGAGUGUAUUGAAGCGGAAUCCAUAUGUACAACCAGUCCCGUCUUCUUUAACGACAAAGAAGGAUAAGAAGAAGUCAAAGAAGAAGGAAUCGAAAGAGACACAGGAAGCGAAAAUUGUUCCCAUGGAAGAUGAUUCAGGUGAUAAGAUCCUUGACAUCUGGGGUGAAGAUGUUAAAGGAGAUCACAAGGCUAAAAAGAGGUCUACCGCAUCUGUGAUUCCUGCUGUUGAAGUUGAGGCCCCAGGAUGUUCAUUUAAUCCCCCAUUCGAAGCACAUCAGGAUUCUCUUGCUCAAGCUGUUGCUGAUGAGAUGCGUAAAAUCUACACGAAAGAGUUAGGGCCCAAACCUGUGCCACUUAUUGUUCCUGGUGAAGCAAUCACUGAAGAAGAUAAAUUUUUUCUUGAUGCGGAUGAUGGAGAUGAAGCUGUUGAAGAAGGUGAUGAAGACCAGGCUGCUGAUGCUUUGGCUGUUCAGAGGAAAACUAAAACGAAAAGAGUUACAAGAGUAGAACUGAACAAAAGAGCUCGUCGUAAGGAGAGGUUAAGAGCAGAAGCUGAAGCAAAGAAGAUGGAAAAUCUUUCAAAGGAAAUAGAUAGCCUGCCUGAUAUAAUAAAUGAAAUUGCUAAAGAAGAUGAGGAAAAGGAGAAAAGGCACAUAAGGCGAACUGUGGCUAAACAGGAAAGACUGAAGUCAGCCCCGCCUCGUCUGGGCAGACACAAAUUUGAACCAGCUCCUGUUCAAGUUCUAUUAACAGAAGAGAUUAGUGGCUCUCUUAGAAAGCUGAAGGGGUGCUGUAAUCUAGCAAGGGACCGAUAUAAGAGCAUCGAGAAACGUGGAAUACUUGCACCAAGCAGAAAAAUAAGGAAGCAACGCUAGAAAUGCCACCUGUGCAUGUUCCAGUACAAAUGAGGAACAUGGCGAUCCCAGACGUGGAGCGUCUUGAACAACAUCAAGGAACAGGCGCUGUGGAGGCAUUGGAGAGCGCUCACAAGGCUAUGGAAAAUCGUACUCUUCAAACAGAUCUGACGAAGCCAAAAUUGCUUCGGAAGUUUAGACGGAUAGUUUAUUCUCUUUAUAUUCGAGUUUUUAAUUGUUACAAGUUUUGUAGUGCCAGGGCAAUGCUCAAUCGUUGAAUUGUCCUCUGAAUUGCCUGAGGCAAAGUUUUGGAACGUCAAACUAUAAAUCUCUUAUUAUUGUAAACUACUGUUCUACUUGUUUAUGUAAGAUAUGGCUCAAUUUUACCAUCUCUACACUGAAAUUAGCUUCCUAUGUAAUAUGCCUUAAAUACAUAAAACCUAUUGGCUUUA